AGCGAAGAGGAAGAAAUGCCUUUAGAAGCAAAGAUAAGAAUGAGGAAUGUCGGACGUUUCACACCUACGUCUUCCGGACCCAAUUCAUUUGGCAAGACAAAUCAGGGAUUUGUUGACACAGGACGAUUAUGGAAGAAGAAGAUGGAAGAUAUCGGUAAAGACGUAAAUGAGAAAUAA